GGACAGGUCUACCGUGUCACUGUGAUACAUGACACUACGAUCUAUGAUACGUAUUGAACGAACAAUCAAAUAUGAGUACCGCCUACCCACGUCCUAGCCCGAGCACGACCACCACGUCCGUAACCACGACCUCGACCCCGAUUCCGACCUCGCUUGCGAUGCAAAUCCCCCAUCCGUUCCCCUGGGCCGUCGAGCGUCAACGGGAGUGUUACUCUCUCGUGGCCAAGAACUGGAUCGAGGCGGGACGGAUCACUUUGACGGACGUAUUGAUGAUCAGCGAGAUGUUCAGGGGUUUCAUGAGGUAUUCCGCUAUCGGCCUGACAGUCGGUUUCUUAACCUCCCUUUCCGUCAUCCCCGCACUCCGAGCGAUCCGCCCUCGAUUCUCCAGCCGGGUACUCGGGUACUUGCGUCUCCCUGUUAGGACGGGCAUGACCUUGACAGGCGGGGUUUACGGUGCCUAUUAUGGUCUGGGUUUGCCCUUCCAACGGUACGGACGGCCGUUCACCGGAGAGGAGGUCAAGAGGCGAGUCCCUUCCUUUCCUUCAAGGUUGCGUUAUGUUACCUCUCUUCUGCCUCCAAUCACCAACUUAUUAAUACUUGUGUGUUUGCUCUGUACUGAAUUCUAUGUAUAUAUCCUGAACGGGAUUUGAAAUUCGGGGGGGAAAAACACUCGAUGCAGGUUGGAAGAUGUUUGGGAUGGGUUAUCUGAAGAGGCUAUCCGAUUAGGUUGGAAGACGAAAGACGGUAAUUGAGGGCCGGGGACGAUCCGGAUCGGAGCAAGGGUGGAUGAGCAUCAGUAGUAGUGGACCACGGUACAUUACUAUUCGUUUCGCUUCAUUUCACAAACUACACGUCAAGCUAUAAGUUGGAAGCUAUAAGUUGUAAGGUAUAGGUUUUAAGGUAUAAGUUCCAAGUCAUCGAUAACUGUGUAAAAUAUAUCGUCUUUCGCUCGCGCCCGACUCCUAUUGGGUAAGUUCGAGGGGCUCGGAGGUACAUAUGGGAUGAGAUAUCUCCUACGAUGCAC